AUGCCGACUGACUCUUCCUCCCCAUCGCAACCGCCAACACCAAGCAUAUCCACAACGUCCACUCCCCCGCGCAACCGAGCAGCGGAGUAUGAGAAAUUCAAAAACUUCGCCGCCUAUACCUUCCUCAUCGCCUCGCCCGUCUGCAUUGCCCUCCCGCCCCGCAAACUCGAUUUCUACACCUUCAGCCUUGGCGCGGCCUUCGUCGUCUCCGCAAAUCACAUUUCCUCCGUUCGCACAGGGAGGGGUAUAUUAGGACAUAUACAGUCGCGUAUAGUCGACCACGGUCGGCCCAGUGUGUUGCGCGAGCUGCCUACGCCGCAAGCUGAGGCCGUGCAGGCGCAGCUGCGGGCUGCGAGGGGAGGCACAGCAGGAGACGCGAAUGGGAAAAGAAAAUUUGGGGGGGCGGGGGAGAAGGAGGGGGUGGGAAGGAACGGAGGCUUUAAAGAGGAAGCAUCGGCCGUUGGAAUGAGGGGAAGGGGGGAUUGGGGAUUUGAACCUAAAGAGCAUAUCUGGGAAGGUGUGGAAAUUGGGGGAAGAAAGACGACAAGCGAGCGGAUGGGUGAGGAACAGGGAGAAGGGGGUACGAAGAGAAAGGGGAAUGAGCGGAAAAUAAGGCUGUCUAGCCGGUGGUUGGAUGGGAUUGUCUGCCUGCAUGAGGCUGUCUGCUCUGUCGGCCUCCCGGAUAUCGAAUACCAGCACCCGUACAGAGACACGGAUGGAGCACCUAAUCUUAGGUUUAUUACCAAUACCUUCCGCUAUUGCCAUUUGAUGAUGAACUCCACUAUGGAUGCAUAUAUGGAUUUGAUAGAGCUGUGGUCUAGUAGAGAUGAAGGCACCUCAACGGUGCAAGCUACCCAGCAUCAACUAAUGGGUGGCAGAAUGAUUAUCUAG